AUGUUGUUAGGCAUAUACCUAUUGUUAAGUAUUCAAAUUUUAAUUAUAAAAUGUUCGAUUCAUACUGGCCUUGAUGAAUUGGUUGUUCGGAGGGUUGAUCCGAAAUUGAUCGAAAAAAAGCGUGAGAACACACGCGAGAUGUGUAGGAUCUUCAAUUCGGAAACUUUGAGGGCCAUGAUGCCAGGCGAAGGUCUACCUUUCACACAUUUCGACCAAAAUGAACUAACACAAAAAAAGAAUGGGAAUGAGAAAGAGAAAAAGAAAGCAGAAGAAAAGAUUCAUAUUCGUCCCAGGAGAAAAAGAGACAUAAAAUCUAUAAACCCAGCUCUCAAACCAAAAGAUGAAGAAAGAGUAGAAAAGAUAGUUGAUAAAAUAUACGAUGAUUUACUUGAAAAGGGGCAUAACAUAUCUUAUAGGCGUAAAGAACUGCCAACAGUAGAUGAUAAAGGAAAACCGAUGGCUACCAACAAAACUGGACGAAGAUUUCCAUUUGCACCCUUCAUAAUGGAGGGACCAACUACAGAUAAUAUUCAAAAAAAUACGUCCUUUGUUGAUACUAGACCCCCUCGUUUCCACCACGGCAUCAUUCCGUACUUCAUUGAUUCCAAAACUUAUGACGCUCAACUAUCCGAAAAAAUACUUGAAGCAUUUGAUUACUUCGAAAAGGCGACCUGUGUCCGUCUGCAACGGCUUCGAGAAAGGCCGACGGACCAGCAAUCGCUGCAAAACGUUAUAUGGCUGUAUAUCACCAACCCAUCUGGGAUUAGACAGUGUGUACAUAGUAACGAGAAGGCAGAAAUUAAAGGAGUACAGAUGAUAGUGUUCGGCUAUGACUGCAUGAGUGUUGGCGACAUAUCACAUGAGAUCAUGCAUAUACUGGGUUUCUCACACGAACAUACCAGACCUGAUAGAGACCAAUACAUCACUAUAUUAUGGGACCAUGUGAAAGAAGGUUACAAAAAGUUCUUUGAAAUACAACAUUCGCAUACACAUCUGGACAACCUGCCGUACGACUACGCCAGUGUCCUCCACUACCCUGCACGAGCAUUCUCCAGAAAUGGACAAGUCACUAUUUUAGCCGAACCAAACAUCAAAAUCGGGCAACGUGAAGGCCUCAGUGAACUGGACGUUGAGAAAGUAAGCAUGCUGUAUGCCAACGAGUGCGUCAAACGGAAUAGAGAAUACCUAGUAAAGACAUGUCCGAGCGUUGUGAGGACACAACAAGUCGCACAAACUCCAGUAACACAAGACGAAAUCGAAGAUUACUUUGAAGACAGAGUUUGGCCUUAUGGAAUCAUAAACUAUCAAUUUAGAGACAGAUUGGAAUUUUCUGCCGAAGAAUUAGAAAACAUAAAUGCAGUAAUACGUCAUAUAGAAAAAGAAACAUGCAUAGAAUUUAGAGACCUGAGUGGUAUGAUACGUGACGCAGAGGACGAAUCUUCUGACACAACGCCAGAAGAGGGAGAUGACGGAAAAGAAGAUACAGUUGUAGACUCGGAUGAUCAGACAGUAACUGAAAAUGACACCGAUAACGGUGGAGGUUUGGAUUCGGGCAAUGGGAAUAAAGAUAAUACCAAUGACAUGGAUGAUGUCGAAGCAGGAAAUGAAAUACCCAACUUCUUGGAUAUAGAAGACGGGGACGCACCAUACAGAAAUAUAAAUAACAUGAACGCUGCCGACAGAGAAAAAGUAAUGCUUAAUGACAUGAAUGUAAAAGAAGGAGACAGCAAAGAGUUCAAGGGACCAAUAAUAGAGAACUUCCUGGAUAUACUCGACGGAGACGAUUCAAGAGCAAUGAGAGAUAGCCUGACGACUACAGCCACAACUAAUAAAAAAAAGUGUGUUAAGUCACGGGAUAGGAAAAACAAAAACAUUCCACGCAAUAAUUUAGAUAAUACUAUGAUGAAACAGCAAAAGAAUUUUAAGGCUGGAAAAUCAUCUUAUGUUGGAUCCAAAUUGAAGGAAAUUAUGCUUGAUGAAGCUAAAGCAAGUAAUAUCAGUGCAACUCAGAAGAAUUCAACUACCAGAAAGAAGCGUGCAAUUCAAUUGUCGCCUGCCAGAAGACACGCCACCUUCUUUGUGCAGUUCACCCGUUCUCCUCUCCCUGGGUGCCAAUGUCCUCAUCCAGGGAAACCUGAAGGAAAAUAUGUAGUAGCCAUAAACUCGGACUGCUUCAACUCUGUGAAUGACCUGCUGCACUUGUUCGUGCAUAUCCUGGGUUUGGAUCACCAGCACAAUAUGUACGACAGGGAUAACUACCUCCACAUCUUAUGGGAUGAGUUAACUGAAGAUAUAAAACAAGAAAUGAAAACCAAGCUCAAACCAGCUGCCUCCGUCGGUUUCCCCUACGACUACCAGAGCGUCAUGCACUACCCCUGGCUGCAGAUCAAGGAUGGAAAAACUAACAUCAUGUAUCCUAUAUGGAACGAUGGCUGGGCUAUGGGCAAUUGGCAAGGUCUGAGCUCAGCAGAUGUGCAGAAACUAAAUCUUCUCUACUUCAAGCAGUGCGUAGAUAGGAGACAACACGCUGAGAAGAUUGAAUUACUUCGACAGAAGAAGAAAAAUAAGUAA